AUGCGCGGCGAUGGUGCAGACAGUGUGAAGCAGGGAUUUGGGCAUACGGUCUCGGAACUGCAAUCUCACAACGUCGACUUGUUAUCACAGCUGGAGGAAGCCAAAAUCCGCGUCGAUCAGCAAGAUCCACUUGUCACUCAACUCCAGGUAAAGGUUGACGCGUCGACCAGACGAAUCAAGGAACUCGAAGCCACCUUGCAACACAGGAACGCUGAAGCUGCGCGAAAAACCAAAAUGCACGAGGAGUACAAGGCAAGGAUUCAGCAAGUCGAGGACUGGAUCAAAGAUUGGCAGGUCAAUGGCGGUGUCUUUUGA